CAAGACUGUUGCUGAAUGAGAGAGAAGUGUGAACGAGUUCAGAAACAAUCCCAUCGCUAAGAGGCAGACAGUAAGUUUUCUGAGUUUUGGGGAUGCACUUUAUGAAUGUAGAAAAAGCAAAAGCUGCUGUUUACUGGAACAUCUCAAUGGAUGUGAAAUGGGACACCUGUGAUGUGGACGCAAAUAUCAUGGAAAAAACUGUAAAUAUUAAGGAGGACAACUGUGAGUGGGAGUCCAUCUACAUUAAACAGGAAAGUCUGAGCAUCAAGGAGGAGGACAGUAAACUGCAGCCAGUGAGCAUUAAAGAAGAACCUGAAGAGAAGUCUGUCAAUAUUGAGACACAUAACCGUACAAAUAUGGACAGUGUAAAAGAAGACAACCUUCAAGAUGGAGUGGUGACCAGGUUAGACUCUUCUUAUAGCAGACACUGUUCAUCUCCAGAGGCUUCUAUCAAUGUGAAGUCUGAAUCAUUAGAGUUUGAACCAAAGAGGGCUGUGGAAACUACAUCUGUUAGAGCUCAGAAAAAUAAGCGACCAUCUUCAAAGAAGUCUGGAAAAAGAAAGAAAGAUCACUGCAGUGUGGAAUGUGGCAGAAAAUUCUCUAACAGGAGUGCUCUUCAGAAACACACGAGAGUUCACACUGGAGAGAAGCCAUAUUGCUGUAAUGAAUGUGGCAAACAGUUUUCACAAAUGAGCAAUCUUCAGAACCACACGAGAGUUCACACCGGAGAGAAGCCAUAUAGUUGUAAUGAAUGUGGCAAACAGUUUUCACAAAUGAGCAAUCUUAAGAUACACACGAGAGUUCACACCGGAGAGAAGCCAUAUUGCUGUAAUGAAUGUGGCAAACAGUUUUCCGAAAUGAGGCAUCUGAAGGACCACACUAGAGUUCACACCGGAGAGAAGCCAUAUUGCUGUAAUGAAUGUGGCAAACAGUUUUCAUAUCUCAGAUACACACGAGAAGACACACACACGAGAGUUCACACCAGAGAGAAGCCAUAUUGCUGUAAUGAAUGUGGCAAACAGUUUUCAUCUAUGAGCAAUCUUCAGAGACACACGAGAGUUCACACCGGAGAGAAGCCAUAUUGCUGUAAUGAAUGUGGCAAACAGUUUUCAUAUAUGAGCAAUCUUCAGAGUCACACGAGAGUUCACACCCGAGAGAAGCCAUAUUGCUGUAAUGAAUGUGGCAAACAGUUUUCAUAUAUGAGCAAUCUUCAGAGACACACGAGAGUUCACACUGGAGAGAAGCCAUAUUGCUGUAAUGAAUGUGGCAAACAGUUUUCAUAUAUGAGCAAUCUUCAGAGACACACAAGAGUUCACACCGGAGAGAAGCCAUAUUGCUGUAAUGAAUGUGGCAAACAGUUUUCACAGAUAGGCAUCCUUAUUGGCCACCAAAGAAUCCACACAGGGGAGAAACCAUAUUGCUGUUCUGAAUGUGGUAAACAGUUUGCAGAUGGAAGCAGUUUUCAGCGCCACAAAAUAAUUCACACAGGACAGAAGCCGUAUGACUGUUCUGAAUGUGGUAAACAGUUUUCACAGAGAAGCCAUCUUCAGAGCCACCAAAGAAUUCACACAGGGGAGAAGCCUUGUGACUGUUCAGAAUGUGGUAAACAGUUUUCACAGAGAAGCAAUCUUCAGAGCCACCAAAGAAUUCACACAGGGGAGAAGCUGUAUUGCUGUUCUGAAUGUGGCAAAAAGUUUACACUGAGAAGCAAUCUUCAGUGCCACCAAAGAAUCCACACAGGGGAGAAGCCGUAUGACUGUUCUGAAUGUGGUAAACAAUUUUCACAGAGAAGCCAGCUUCAGAGCCACCAAAGAAUCCACACAGGGGAGAAGCCGUAUUACUGUUCUGAAUGUGGUAAACAAUUUUCACAGAGAAGCCAUCUUCAGAGCCACCAAAGAAUUCACACAGGGGAGAAGCCAUACUGUUGUUUUGAAUGUGGAAAAAAGUUUUCAGAAAGAAGCAAUCUUCAGAAACAUCAAAGAAUUCACACAGGAGGGGAAAAAAAUGACACAAAACUCCCCCACCUUGCCCACAGAUGAACACAGUACAAUAUGCUAAGCAGCAGAAGAAAGAAUUCAUAAAGUUUGAUGAAAACAAAAAAGAUCAAAUUGGGGAAACUACAAGUAAAGUGGUAAUUACACUGCCCACGUCCAGCAGCCUCAUGUGGAAACAGAACUCGCACACGCAUUGCUUAUGAGGAGCGAACAGAGACCAAAACGUACACCUCAUCAUAGGUGCGUAAAACCUUGGCUUGCACACAAAGUGGUUCAGGUCAUAAAUAGAAAAACAAAAAAAACAUAAUUGUCGCUUCUGCCACAAUAGAAAAAAAUUGAAAAAAGUAAUCCAGAAUUGUUGCUUCUAGCAAAGAGAACUGGAAACAGUCACACAUCUCAUUGCUGGGUGUGAGGUACUGAUUGUGCUGUUGUGCAGUGUAUAAUCAUCAGCAAAGUGUCCAGGCUCCUUCACUGGAAACUCUGCAAGAAGUACAAUUUACCAGCACCUGAAAGACACUGAGACCACAACUCAGAACGCACAAUGGACAAUGAGGAGGUACAGGUCAGCUGUGGCACAGCAAUACUGACUGACUGAAAAAUAGAGGCCAGAAAACCAGACUAAAAAAUCCUGGAUAAUAGAGGUAUCAGUCCCUAGUUAUAACUCAGUCCUAAGAAUGGAGAGGCUAAAAGGUAACAAAAUACUAAAAAGUGCCAAAUG